GAAAUAUAUUAAAGAUGGAUUACACGCUCUAGAAUAAAAGCAAGAGCUGUGCUCAACUCCGUCUGAGAUCUCCUCAACAGUCACGUCCCUCGAAUCAGGAUGGAGAGCCUGGAUGAAUUGGAGCACCCGCUUUUGGAUGACAGCCCCACACAUUCGUCCAGAACGGGCAACAGCGGCCUCUUCAAGGGCAUUUUUGUGAGAUGCGAAGAGGAAAAAAGACCCCCGUUGCUAGCAUGGAGGAGCGUUUCUGGUCCUACAGAUGUAUCUCAGCAGCAGCUGCUGGAUCCUUGUUCGCUCCCCAGCACACUCGAGUCCUUCUACACUACUUCUGCUCCACCGAUAUGGGGCCCUGCAGACUCCCUGGGCCUCCACAGCAAGGAGUAUCUGGAAACCACGUUCAUGGACGUCGGGCCCGGAUCUCCUCUGGAACGGAAGCUGCUGGCAGUAAGCAGAGACGUCCACAGCGUGUCCUACAGCAUGGAGGAUGAAGAUGACCUGCUGCCAGACUUUGAGGAUUCCUCCAGUGACGAAUUCACUGACACGGAAAGCGAAAGCAACUUCCCGCUUAUGAUCCCGCAGGAUCACCUCGGCCUGGCGUUCUUCUCCAUGCUCUGCUGCUUCUGGCCUUUAGGCAUCGCUGCCUUCUAUCUGUCUCAGAAGACGAACAAAGCGUGGGCACAGGGCGACUUCCAGGCAGCGAGCAAGGCGUCUCGUCACACUUUGUGGCUCUCCAUCGUCUCCAUCAUCUUCGGCAUCAUCACCUACAUUUGCGCAGUCGCCGCGCUCAUCUCCUACCUGUCCGGGAAGCCGCCGUAACGUGUGCUCCGUGUCAGGCCCCUCCCCUUUUUACAAUGUUGUCCCCGCCUCCUGAAGACACAAUGAAAUUCUGUUCAUACACUCAAAAAGAUGUAUUAACACUGGGCUUUUAUUCUAAUUAACCUUCCCGGAUCGAAACCGUCUGGACUUGUAGAGGGAUGGACGCUAAUACGACAGAUGGGAAAUGGAUCUCAGGACAAAUCUAACAGAAGAGACACGUCUCGCAUUUUGUUGGAACCCUUACAGCAGUGCAGCAAUGGCACAAUGCCAUGGAGCAAAAACAGCUUGCGUAGAUAAGAGCUGGCUCCUCCCAAAUGAUUUCUGAGACCCGAGGGUUUGUUUGAAGGACUUGACAAGGAUUAAAAGAACAGAGCUUUCUGCAGGUUGUAUUCCUCCUGCUCCUAUAAAACACUGGCACAGUUUUAGAGUUACUAUAUCCAGUAACAUCUGGAUACAAUUUAUGGGACACGGCAUUAUUUGUGACAAUAAUUCUCUCCUGUUUCAAAUUUAUUUAAACAUUUAUUAUUAGUACAUGCAUUAUCCUGGUCAGGGUUGCGCUGGAGCCAGAGCCUAUCCCAAGAACACUGGGAAAGAGGCAGAAAUACGCCCUGAAUGCGAUGCCAAUACACACAUACUCUCUCACACACACACACACACUCAUUCACACUUAGGGGUAAUUUAGAGUAGUUAAUUCAUCUAUCAGAAUGUUUUUGGGAGAUGGGAGGAAACCAGAUAGAAAAAUGGUAGAAUCCCACACUGACAUGGGAAACUCCACACAGGCAGUAAACUGUGCUCAGGAUCGAACACGGGACCCUGGUGCUGUGAGGCAGCAAUGCUACGCACUGCACCACUCUACCACCCUUUCUCAAAAUUACUGUGUGCCAAAAAACAUUUCUGUCCUAAAAGGACCAUAAAGGACAACGAAUGGACCAGUGAACAGACUUUAUGCAGCAAAUGUAACAGUUUCUGAGAGAGUUGGAAAGACGGAAUUACGUGGCGGCCUGGGAAAACCCUUCACACGGGUCAGAUUUCCUGCUGUAUACUUCUGUAAAGCUUCCGAUUUUCCUGAACUGAAAUAUGUUUCUCGUUUUUCAUGCGUCUCAAACAGAAGUAAAAUUGUAGUAUUAAAAAACAAAAACAAAAAAAAAGCGAUUAGCCCCAAAAGUGAAAAAGCAAAAAACAAAACUGCAUUUAAAGAUUUCAUUGUUCCACAUACCUCUGCAUUUAUAACCAAAACUACUUAUGAAAAAAAAAACACAUUAUUGACUAAAUUUAAUGAAUUCUACGUCUACAAAGGGAAAUUAGUUCUCAAUUUGAUUAUCAGCAUCAUCCACAUCAGUCUCCGUCUCAUCCCGAGACAAAAGUCGACCCAUCUCUGUUUGCACGAACAUUGGUGAGGAAAUAAUCCCUGAUUAGUUCAGUCAACUCUGCUGACUAAAUGUAUUGUUCUUACUGUCUUUUUAUUGGGUCAUUUAAACAUUUAAAAACUCUGUACAGGGUGUGUAAGCACUCUUCUCUGUUUUGAAGAUGUCAUGGUGCAGGAUGCAUCAUGGACAUUUUGACAGUAUCUGCUGUCUGAAUCGGAAAUAUAUUGAUUAGACUUAUGUUUGUUUUGCUGUGACAUACAGUGGUGCUUGAAAGUUUGUGAACCCUUUAGAAUUUUCUAUAUAUCUGCAUAAAUAUGACCUCAUCGGAUUUUCACACGAGUCCUGAAAGUAUACAAAGAGAACCUAGUUAAACAAAUGAGAAAUAUUAUACUUGGUUGUUUAUUUAUUGAGGAAAAUGAUCCUAUAUUACAUAUGUGUGCGAGUGGCAAAAGGAUGUAAACCUCUAGGAUUCGCAGGAUGACUUGCCAUCAUUGAUGGAACAAUGAAUUCUGACGUAUACAAGCGAACUCUAAAGGGAAAUGUCAGGACAUCCGUCUGUAAACUGAAUCUCAAGAGAAAGUGGGUCAUGCAGCAAGACAACCACACUAAACACAUAAGUCUUUCUAUUAAACAAUGGUUAAAGAAGAAUAAAGUUAAUGUUUUGGAAUGGCCAAGUCAAAGUCCUGACCUUAAUCCAAUAGAAAUGUUGGGGAAAGACCUAAAGCGAGCAGUUCAUGUAAGGAAACCCACCAACAUCCCAGAGUUAAAGCUGUUCUGUACUGAAGAACGGGCUACAAUUCCUCCAAGUCGAUAUGCAGGACUGAUCAACAGUUACCAGAAACGUUUAGUUGCAGUCAUUGGUCACAGCAGAUACUGAAAGCAAAGGUUCCCAUACUUUUCUCACUCACACUUAUGUAAUAUCGGUUCAUUUUCCUCAAUAAAUAAAUGACCAAGUAUGAUAUUCUUGUCUCAAUUGUUUAAUAUGUUUCUCUUGAUCCACUUUUAGGACUUGUGUGAAAAUCUGAUGUUGUUUUAGGUCAUAUUUAUCUGUAUAUAUAUAUAUAUAUAUUUAAAAAAAAAAAAUUCAAAAGGGUUAACAAACUUUCAAGCACCACAGUAGCAGCUUGAUCAACACGUGACUUUCACUGUGUGGGGAAAUCGCACUUAGUUAGUAAGAUUUCAGGCAGAAUAGCUGCAUCAACACUGUGUUUGUUAAACUGGCUCCUUACACAAGGCUAGGUUACAAAGUAGCCUAAAUAAAAAACAUUUCCACAUUAUUUUGGUAAAGUUUAUUUACAGUCGAUGUAUAUUAUUGGCACAAAACCCCCUCAUUUUUUUUUUUUUUUUGUAAUUUCUGGCAUUUUUGCUACAAUGACAUACGAUGGGUUUUCCUAGACCGCCACACAAAUGUGACCCACUUUCACUACGCCAUUAAGAGAUGCCUCUCCACAGUCUAAUAAUAGCAGCACUGACACAGGAGCAUUUUCCGAAGUCAGAGUCACCUCACGUAGUGACUAACUGAGCAGUUGAGGGUUAAGGAUGUUGUUCAAGGACUCAGUGGCUCUCGGGCAGCCCUUGGAUUGGAGCUCAUGCAAUCCUAACCAGUGCGUGAGUACUGCCUGGGUUCAAACACAAGACCUGUAGAUUUUCCUCACUUGCUUGUCGUCUGAUCUCCACAGCAUUACAGUGUAUUUUUCCUGCUUGGGUGGAAAAAUUUGCUAAGACCCCCCCUUCAAUCCCAUCCCCCCACUCUCUUUGAUUACAGGCAUGCAGUGAGAUUAUGCCAUUAAUGUGUGUGUGAAAGUUUUGGGUUUGGGACUUUACACCAAGUUUGUCCUUCCAUCCUUAAGACAACUUCAACUACUCUUCAACAUCUGCAUGGGGAUUGUGCACUGAGACCCUUGUAUUAAAAAAAAAAACAAAACAACUGUACCUCUUUAAAAAAAAAAAAAAGAAAAAAAAAAAAGCCUCGGUGUGUGGGCGUUUGCGUUCGCCUCAGUAAGCCCUGUCAGGUUCCAGAAAAAUGGCCCUGCUUGAAUGAAGUGAGCCGAAUAGAAGGGGUUCGAGUGAAGCCACGAAUAAAAGAAGUGCUGUGUGCAAACAUAUUGUUCAUUAUAGUUUUAUGCAACGCACUCCAUUAUAAUAUUGUUCUGUUGUUUGCUUGUCAUGUUUUCGUGUUCUACAGUUCUCUACAGCUCACAGAAACAAUGAUUCAUCCUCAUGUUUGGUUAUAUAAUUACCAUGAAGCCAGGGUUGAUUAUUUACAGCGUAACUGUGGAGGUGUUAUUCUCUGCACUGACAGGAAAUACACAGUACACAAAACCUCAUAGACGCUUCACUAAUAUAGGUAGGCAGUACACCUGAGUCAUACUAUUAUAACCUUCAAACUAAAACGUUUACUUUUAAUCAUUCAAGCUAGAAACUAGCAAGUGGACCAAAUUUAGCUGAUACUAAAUACGAGGGUCCGUUGCAGCGUUAGCAGACGUGCAAACGUUGCAGAAAUUCAUGCGUUUUAAUAUCGGAGCAUGCUAGUGUGAGCUACCAGGCGAAAAUAAUGACGGAAUGUAUGGACGUAACUGGGAUUAAAAUGGUCGUCAAAGUGAUGCUUAAAGUUUUUUCCAGAACUUUCUUUUUCGUUUUGAUAGCUUGGUCUUCAUGAAGCUUUGUUUGUUUAGGUAUAUUCUUUCUAAACAUAGCCCAGUUUUAUGGACUAUGUCGUGUUCCUGGUUGUAACACUACAAAAUGUGCGAAAGUGAAUAUGUAUGCAAGGCAGAAUAAAGUGCUAAGUGUCGGACGCUCAUUUGCUACUUAAAAUCGGCUUACGAGCGAGGCAAACCAAAAAAUGUACAAAAUAAUUCCUCCUCCAUCAGCAACGUACACACAUCCUCUGCUGACUCAAAGGGCAAAUAACGUCAGUUGUUGUGAGAGAUUCAGGCCAUGAAGCAGUGGCCGAGCAACCCCGUCCUGUCAGACACACUCAGAGCCAUGUUCCCGCUGAGGAAGUGGGCCAGAUCACAGUAUGGAGCAGUGUGUUACAUCUACAGCUAGCAGACCAACCUCAGACUGGAGACGUGAGAUAACAGACUCCGCUGUGUUCACGGAGAAAGCAAACGGCUACAUGCUGACGUUCCAAGCUCCGGUGGAAAAAAAAGUCAAGGUGCUUCAAGCUUUGUUGUUGUUUUGGUGAGACAUCUCCAACAGCUGGGAGAUGUUUCUGCAUCUGCUACAUACGUUAUAUGUCUGAUUCCCAUAUCCUGUGUAAAUGUUCAUGUAUAAUAAUGAAU